AUGCUUUUUAACGUUGUUGGGGAGGCUCUUAGUAGUUUGUUGAAGAACGCGAGUAUCACUGGUAUGUGUGGUGGUGUUGGAGUUGGGUCUAGAAGUGUAGAAUUAUCUCAUAUUCAAUUUGCAGAUGACCUCAUGCUAUUUUCAGUAGCAGAGGAAAGGAGCUUAAAAAAUUUCAAUCGUGUUUUUAAAAUUUUUGAAUUGGUGGCGGGUCUGAAAUUGAAUAUUAAGAAGUCCAAGAUGUUUGGUAUAAAUGUUGAUGACGCCAGAAUUAAAUGUUGGGCAGACGCAAUUCAUUGUAGUUGGGAUAUUCUUUCUACGACUUAUUUGGGGCUUCCUUUAGGUCAUAAAAUUAAUUCUAAGGUUAUCUGGCAUCCAGUGAUGGAUAAAAUUAAGGCUCGUUUACAGAGCUGGAAAGUUAAUUCAGCCAUUCCUGUUGAGGGAGAUUUGUAUGCUGAUCUGAUUUGCACUAUGAGUGAUGAGGCUAAAAUUGAUUUUUGGAAUGAGCAUUGGUCUGAAGUGAAUUCUCUUAAAGAUUCUUUCCCUAGAAUUUUUGGUUUGGCUAUAAAAAAAUUAGGGAAGAUUCAGGAGUUUGGGUGUUGGGAAAAUGGUGUUUGGGAAUGGAAGAUUGAGUUGCGAAGAAAUCUGUUAGAAUGGGAAAAAGACCUUUGGGCGGAUUUUUUGCUGGUUUUGAACAGAGCUGUAAGUUUAGCUCCGACUUUUGACAGGUUGAAAUGGGUAGGAUCUGCUGAUGGUAAAUCGGAAGAUCCGAUUUGGAGAACGGUUUGGUGUAAAGUCGUUCCUCCAAAAGUCUUUGGUUUUGUGUGGAAAGUUUUGCAUCAGAGGCUGCCGAUUAUUACAGAGUUGGAAAAACGAGGUGUUUCCUGUGCUACUAAUCCUCUUUGUGCUUUCUGCAAUCGAUCUCCAGAAUCUAUUAAUCAUGUUCUCUGUCAUUGUGAGUAUGUAUGGCAGUUCUCUGUGAACUGCGGACGCUCGUUUAGCAGACAUGUUUCUGCCACUACUCAUUUAUUUAUUGAAUCUGGUUUCCAGCAGUCUUGGAUGGUGGUCUUGAAGCUGUUGAAAGAAGAGGAGCUGGCGGUGGAUUUGGAGGUUGAAACGGUGGAUACAACUGCGGCGGUGGAGGCGAUGGUUAUGGAAACUGUGGAGGAUAUAGGUGCGGUGGAUACGGAGGCGCACGCUAUGAAAGAGGGUAUGGGGACGGUGGCUCUCGUUACUCAAGGGGCAACGGUGCUUCUAAUGGCAAUAGGAGGAGACCUUAAGUUUCAAGGUUUUAAAUGA